AUGUCCAAUAGUGGUUCGGUGGGUAUUGAUCAUAGGAUUGUGGAGUCCAAAAUAGCUGGGCGGCCUUUGACUUAUUUGAGAGAUAAGAUUGACAUGGCUGUGCGCCUUUUCGAUGCAUUGAAGGUGGAGACCCAGCAUUUUCGCCUCAGUAUUCAGGAAGCAACCAAUUCCCUUGCCACUGCUUACAAGGUUGUGCUCAUUUGGCAUGGUUCAUGGUUGUUCGUUGUAUUCCUGAAAGAGUUGGGAUACUCUGACUGCUUGUACUGCAUUGUACUAAAAUACUCACUCAACGUCUUUGGAGAUUUUGCCCAGAAAGAAAGGCCAUUAUGGCUUAAGAGACUAGGGGAACUUCUGGAAUCCUUGGAAGGACCAUAUUCUCAAGGAUAUAGAUCAUUUCAGAAUAUCUGGAAGGUGGUAGUUGGGAGAGGGCUUAAGGUGAGACUCGCGAUGAAAUUGGAUAGGGGAAAAUUCAUUGGAAAAUGUUUUUCCAAGAGUAUUGGCGGCAACUAG